AUGGCGGACGUCGAAACAGGCGGCGGAAUUAACAGAAUGAAUCGCCGCGGAGCAAUCAAAAAGCAAAAGGUUUCUGUCGUGAAAGGACAUCAGUUUGUACUCACGUUCUUAAAACAGCCGUCAUUUUGUGCCCAUUGCAAAGAUUUUAUCUGGUAAGAGUAAAUGGAUUUUCUUCGCUGAAUGAGUAAAUAUAAAAAGCCUGCGUUGACUGCAAAGAUAACUGCGGUUUGUUGCAUGAUUUGAGCUCAUUUUCUCCUUGGAUUUUAGGGGUUUUGUGGGCAAACAAGGCUUUCAGUGUCAAGGUAGGGUAUUUCGAUAGGAUUUCAGCUCGAUUUUUGACUCAAACGUACGCGUGUAUGUAAAAUGUAUUAAAGUUUUAAUUGGCAUUUUGCUAUCGUAUAGUUUGCUCGUUUCUCGUGCAUCGAAGAUGUCAUGAAUACGUGUCCUUUGAUUGCCCAGGAGCCGACGUUAACAGCACAGAGGUAUGAAAACUGUAGCUACACUGAUUUUGUCAGUUAUUAUAUUAAGAUUCUACGAAAGGUAUAUAUCAAUUUACAAGCGUCUAUUAUUAUUAUGUCUGCUUUUCGAUAUUAAGGGCCAAAACCCACACAAUAUUUGUCAUAUAUUAAAACUUAGCCUAACUUUGUGGUAAUUUUUUAUUUUAAGGCACCAGUGAGUCCACAUUCGUUUAAAGUUCACACUUAUACAAGUCCUACAUUUUGCGAUCAUUGCGGCUCGCUUCUGUAUGGCUUGAUCAAGCAAGGUCUACAAUGUUCAGGUAAAAAUAUUUCUAUCACUUUAUGAUCUGAAGUCGUUUCGCCUGUUUGUUGAUAAAAUAUUACCCUGCUUAAACUUAAACAAACGCUAAGUAUAUUUUCGUAUAUUCCAUCGCAGACUGUCAAAUUAACAUUCACAAGCGCUGUGAAAAAGUCAUUCCCAAGUUAUGCGGAGCAGAUCACACUGAAAAGCGCGGACGAAUUCAUUUGAGCGUUUCGUUCAAAGGGUCAGAUGGAAGUGGAAAAUUGACGGUGGAAGGUAAAGUCUACAAAUGUAAAUUGUUGUUUACAAAAGGCUUGAAACAUAUUGAGUUUCUUUUGACAUUUUGAAGGGUUUAUGUGGUGAAAUCGUUAUAAAGUUUUAUGUUUUAUAUAUUUUGUACAAUUGCUCGCUUGCUGUGCAUAUUUAUAUGGAGUAUACAACACAUUAACAUAUUUUAUUUAGCUGACAUACUAUCAAGCUAAAAAAACAUGGAAAUUUUGGAUUUCCGGAAAUGUCUUAGUGAAGUAUUAAUGUUUCACUAUUAAUAUUUCACUCUUAAUAUAUCCCGUAAAUUGAUCGCUUUCGGAUGGUAAAAAUUUGUGUUUUGAAAUGCGUCGUUUCAACUUUCAAAUAUUAAAUAUUUCACAGAGGGGGAGUGGCUUGCUCUCUGCAAUACAGCUGUAGCUUUUUUGAGCGGGUUUUUUCCGCUUUUUUACAAAACAUUCUUGCAAGAAAAUAUUCUGGAAAAAAUGUUCUAAUUGUACAGUUCUAUUUCGCGUUCGCACGCUUUCUUAAAAUGGCGCGAAAGCGGUUCAAAGUAUUAGGCUAAAAACAUAAUAGCAUACAAGUUUUGAAUUUUUCAUAGUAAUUAAAGGAAGGUCAUUAUUUUAAAUGUUAUGUUUGUUUUUACAACCAAACUUUCUUACAACCAAAUUUCUUCUAAAUUUAAAAUUUGACAAAGUAUUUAUCACAUUUAUAAUAGAUAUGGUUAUUUUUGGUACAGUUUCCAAUGCUUGCUAAGUACAUAACAAAUGAUUCAUUUAUGAAGCUUUUGAAAAGCUAUUCUUGUUAAUAAUUAAUCCUAAGAAUGUGCUGAAAAGCUUUUAUAUGUUUAUUAUUGAAGUGGGCUAUUUUUACAGUAAUAUACUUUCAAAGGAAAUUAUGAAUCUAAGUUACAAAAAUGUCAAAAUGUGCUUAUUCCAUAAAAAUUGGCAAAAUUUUAGGAAUAUGCUAUAAAGUAAACCAAGAUUUUUUAAUGAACAUAUUUUUGCUGUCAAAAUUGUUAAAAUGGAAGUUCUAAACGCAUGUAUUGAUAUAUUGGACUGUCAUGUUGUAUUUACAUUGUAAGAUGUUUAAAAUUCUUAACUGUAUUGGUGACUUUUUCUCCAUGAUACAAACAGGCAUGUAUGAAAUAUGUUAAUUUUGGCAUAAAAUGCCAUCAUGAGCAUAAAAUUUUGUAUUCUUAAAAAUUGAAAAGAGUGUAGUUUGGGUUUAAUAAUUGCAAAGGCAGAGAAUCAAAUAUUCAUAUAUUCAAAAAUUUGUUUGCAAUCAGAUCAGCUUUGUGCUGUGCAUUGUGAUGUUGAAAGGGCAUAUGUUUUACAGAUUUAAUUGCCUGGUAACAUUUGAACAAAAAGCAUUCUGAUUGGUGCAAGGCAUUUAUUAAACUCUAUAUUUACCUGAGAUGGCUUGUGGCUGAACUGUCUCAUAAGCUACUUAAGAUAAAAGCAGUUCAAAUUAUUUUUUGUAUUCCAUUGUGCUCUGAUGGAUGACCUUUAUUUGAAAUGUCAAAAUGUUUCAAGCAAUGCAAAAGCAGUUUAUUUUGUACAGCACUUUUUACUUUAUACUUAUGCUAAAUACUAAAGCGACUGGCCGUUAAGGUUUGACAGUCACAAUUCUGUUAAUCACCAGAAGGAUGUUUGUAUAUCUAAUAUUCUUGUGAUUACAAUCUGUUGUAGCCAGCUGAUAUAUCUGGCAUUUAAAUAGAUUUCUAAUUUUACUAUCCAAUCAUGUGUGUUGGUUUGAAUUAAACGCUAGAUAAUAGAUAUAUUGGUUACUCAACUGUAAAUUUAUGCAACUGAAAACAAGGUCACUGAGACACCUGAGAGGCAUUAGGUCAAUUCAACAUGAAAUAUCUUGCGUUCCUUCUAUUGGAACAGUAAUACUAUUUUGAUAUAUAUUCACCGAAAUUUGUUAAUUUUAGAGCUCUGUAAAUACUCUUGAUCUCCCUUGAAUUUUCCUGAAAAUAUAUUUAGAGACAAUAUCAUCUUGAUUCUGUAAUAUUGGCACAUGUAAUAUUGGCACAUUUUCACAAAAACCAUCACACGACGUCUUUGUGACAAUACACACAUCCGGAAAGUCCUUAGCCUUGGGGCUACAAAGGCUUGUUUUUGUGAUUGAGAUCUUUGCUUUAUUAGAGCCCUUUAUCUUGCUACUGAUGUCCUAAUUAUAAAAAUAUCCUUAAUAGUUUCUAAUCUAAUGUUUCGUAAAUGUGCCACCUGCAACAUAGUUACAAGAUAAAUUGCUCUAAACCCAAUACUUCAAUCACAAAAACGAUGGCCAAGACCGAACACUUUUCCGAAGGGUGUAUUAGCACAAACAUACAUCUAACCGACCCAAGACAAAAUUUGCAAGAAUAUAUAGAUCUGGUAAAAGACUGUUUUCGAGUGAACUCUGGAGAAAUGUGUCUAGAAUAGCAUGCUGAGUCCCCUGUCUGCUUUAGGUAUGCAUUGUCAUUCAUCUGAUUUUCAAAACAAGUAAUGUCUGCUUGAAAACAUUGUUAUGUCAUUUUCUGAAUUUUGUUGUUGUUUACCUCCUUUUUCCAUGUUGCUGUCACAAUUUAUACAGAGUUUAUGUCCAAUGUUGCUGUUUCAUUUUCUGUAUGUUGCCAUUUCAAGGCAAUGCCACCUGUCAGAAUUUAUCCUAACAGGGUCUCUAUGCUGCCUGAAUGUGCUUGGUAGCAAUAACAACUUCUAAUCUUCAUAAUUCUGGUUUUCAUGCAGUGCGUGAAGCUAAGAAUCUCAUCCCAAUGGAUGCAAAUGGCUUAUCAGAUCCCUAUGUGAAACUGAAACUCGUCCCAGACUCCGGGGGUGCGACCAAACAAAAGACGGACAUCAAGAAGAAGACACUGAAUCCUGUGUUUAAUGAAACAUUUCAGUUGUAAGUUGCUUCUACACUAUUUCUAAAAUUUAAAUAUCAGUAGUUCAGAAAGGAGUCUUAUCCCCCUUCUUAAACCCAUGCAACCCUUCAAGGAAUAAUGUCUGUCAAUCAUAUAUGUUGUUGCGCCCAUAGUGGGACCAGACCUCUCAACUCUCACGCAUUCGGCGUGAGUCUCGCGCAAUUCGCUUCACUCUCACGCCACGUUUAGUAAAUCUCACGCAUAUAGCAGUUUAAUUCAUAGUAUUUUUUCAAUAAUAUAAUAUUUUAUUCUUAAAUGCACAUUAUUAAUCAUUAUACGGAUCACGUAUAAUAGUAUGCAUAUGUGAAUACGGCAGACAAAAGCAGAAUCAGUCGGAGCAGAAUUCUAUAAUUAUGUAAAUUAUCAAAGGCAAAUUAAAGCUCAUUACUGUAUGUCACAGAAAUACAGUUAUUGUAACUAAAGUGCCUUGUCUUAAAGGACAUUAUGAAGCAAUGUAUUUCAUUAAAAAACACCUCAUAAUGUACGAAAUGCCAUUGCAGACCCCCGCACUUUUACAAAGGUGUCAUCCACAUUCCCAAUCUCACUCUUAACUUCUCUGCAAAGUUGAGAGGUCUGUGGGACAUGGGUGUUAAGGUUUCCUUCACAUUUUCAAUAGCAAAUCUUUAUUCAAAUGAAUUUCCUGCAGCUGUUUAAUUAACAUUUCCUGCGAGCGUGCUCACCUAUUUUUUAAUCCCCUGAUAAUAGGUAUGUUUUUUUCAUUUAGUGCGAUUGAACCAAAUGACCAUGACAGACGUUUGUCCGUGGAGGUCUGGGACUGGGAUAGAACAACUCGGAAUGAUUUCAUGGGCUCCCUGUCUUUCGGUAUUUCAGAAUUACUCAAGGAGUCGCAGGAGGGUUGGUUCAAAUUACUGACCAAUGAAGAAGGGGAAUUCUAUAAUAUUCCUAUAAAUGAUGAUGUGGGUCAGGCCAUUGCAGAACUCUCUAAGAAAUUCAAGGUAAAAUGCAAGGUCCGAUUUUGGUGGAAGUAGUGGGAGAAAUGGAAAAAAAAUUAGGGGAGGUGCAGCGGUCUAGCUCAUGACCCCCAUGGAAAGUUAGGGGCAACGUCAACGACGUGACGUAUGCAUGUAGUGUACAUAUGUAUCAGUGUAUGAAUGAAUCAUGACUGUACAACUCAUCCAAUUUUGCCCUUCAUUACAAUUACUACAAAGUUUCUUUCGAAACAUCGCAUUGAAAGAGUACUUGACACAGAGAUGAAUGGCUAAUCACUGUUUCAAUUUUACAGAAAAACUUUCUUACAAAGUGUAGACCCUAAGCAACCGAAAAAUGUCAAAUUUUCACUUUGAUCUAUCAUUGAAUCUUUCCCAAGGGGAGGUGCUCAGGGGAGGUGCGCACCUCCCCACACCUCCCUUCAAAAUACGUAUGUAUGCUUUGAAAAUUGUUUUUUGAAAGUAUCUAAACGAAUUGUGCAUUGAUGGAGCGCACUUGCUCGGCCUCGUCCAAUAACCAGAAAGAUAACGUUUGUAUACGUAUAAAAUGCACGACCAAAAACCAGUCUUAUGUUGGGCUCUUAGGCCUGGUUUAGACGGCGAACUUUUCAUGCGCCGAAUCUAAUGCAAGGAUUAAGUGCGACGUUGGAGCGGCAUCUAAAUCAAUUAAGUUCGGCAGGUUUUGAUUAAGUUCGACACGACUCGAAGAUGCGACAGGACAAGUCGUAUAUGCGACACAGGUUCGACAUUGAUUUAGACGCCGUGCUUUUCAUGCGCCGAACCUAAUGCAUAAUUAUUUUUUAACAUAAUAUGAUUAUCAUAUAUUUGCAUUGUAAAUAUUUCCAAUAUAAUGUCUUCGCAAUUUGGUACGGUGCAAUUAAGUUCGACGUCUAAAUCAGUUUCCGAUAUUUUGCCGUAUCUACGACAAUUAGAUUCGGCGCAUGAGAAGUUCGCCGUCUAAACCGGGCCUUAUACUUUUAUAUAUUGCAAUUACUGAUACAACCCAUGGUUGUUACAAUAUCAGUUUUAUUAAUAAAAUUAUUAUUAAAAAAAAAUUAAUAGUAUUAUAAAACUAUGCUGUAUCAUUUUUCAGUUUAAACCCGAAAACGAAGCACCACAGGUCCAGGACGAUCCUGCGAAAACGGAAACUGCUCAGACGAACAACAACAGUCAUCGUCAUAGCAUGGACGAUUUUCACUUUCUUAAAGUUCUUGGAAAAGGGAGUUUUGGCAAGGUUGGUUACCGUAACGUUAUAAAAAUUUGUACAUAUUAGGAGUUCAUGUUUAACCAUUAAUACGCAAGACGGGCUGGCGAGUGAAAUCGUCUGACGUUAGACUGAAUAAUACCGCUUGAUGGUGAAAGUCCAGACACACCGGACGCGAUUCGACAACGCGACGCGAUUUUUUAGUUUUUGAAAGUUAAUAAACUGACAGCUAAUGAGAGCAAAUUUUAAAAGAUAUGUAGACCAAAUAACUCAAAAUGUUAUAGCGCUUCUGAAUAUUUGGAAAAUUUAAACUAGGAUCAAAGUUAUCGGUCAGUGAAAAUCGAAAAAUCGCGUUGUCGAAUCGCGAAGGCCCCCUUUCCAUGAGACCGCAAGGAGUAACGCAGUGCUUUUCUUAAUUUUUGCCCCAAAUACAAGUGCUGUGUGGAUAAAUGUAAGGAAUAAACGUAGUGCUCAGAACGCAGGAAAUGGCAUUUCAGGGCUUCAAAUUUCAAACAUUUUCUGGAGGAGAAUGCCCCCGGACCCCUGUAGUAACGCACCCCCUCUGGAAAACUUCCACUCCCUCUGGAAAACCUCCACCCCCUCUGGAAAACCUCCACCCCCCUCCCCCACCUCCACCCCCUCUAACAAAUCAAGUCCGCCCCUGUUGUUAUAUACGAUAAAUCUCGCGUUGCAGGUGAUGCUUGCGGAAUUGAAGUCCACGCAAGAUGUGUUUGCAAUCAAAGUAUUGAAGAAAGAUGUGAUAGUUCAAGGCAAUGAUGUGGAUUGCACCAUGAUUGAGAAACGUGUCCUAUCGUUAACUAAUAAACCUCCGUUUCUGACGAAUCUCUUCUGCUGUUUCCAAACAAUGGUGAGUUAGCCAGGCUUCCUGAUAGUGUGAACGCUAGGAGAUUACUCCGCACUGACAACAUUUGACUUGCAAAAAAUGAAAUACCACUACUGAUAGCAAUAAUUUUCGUAACAACUUUAUAACUACAAACAAUGCUGCUACCAAAAAUUCAUUUUUUCCAGCACGAGCUAAACAUCUGAGUGUUACUUCCUUUAGGCGACUUUAUUCUAAGUAUGUACAAUGAAAAAUUUUCAACAUACUCUCCACCAUAAUCUAGUAUUAGAUCAUUUGUAUAUUUAACAAAUAUAAAACAUUUUUCGUAAUGAUAUACAGUUAUAUCAACACGAGUGGAAAUUGGGAAAACGAGAAAUUGGGUGUGGAAACACGUGAAGGGCGGAAUGUUUUCACAUAAAUUCGAGUUUUCCCAAUUUCCACGAGUGUUGAUAUAACUGUAUAUCAAUACGGAAAAAAUGUUUUAUAUUUGUUUUAUAAUAUAGCACAAUUAAAUAUAAAGAAAGAAAUUUACCGACGUUUCUGUGUUGACAUUGAGUUAUAUCAACACGUCUCU